AAACUACCUGGUAAUAUUAGUCCUUUCUUUCAUAGUAUGCUUCUUACGCAACCCGUCGGCGCUGGCGUCUUUAGCGCUGGUCGUUCUGGGCGUGAGCUGUUGCAACGACCCGUUCGCGACGGGACUAAAUGACACGCUGCUUCACUCCUUGCGGAAGGUCGCUCCCCGGCUGGUAGCACGAGCACGAGCAAAAGCCGGCUCCGACGGAGUCGUAGGCCUCCACAAGCGGCGGCGGGUCUACAUUGUGUUGCUUCCCCGCUCUCUGGUGGCGGUCGGGCUCGUCAGUGGGGGCCUGGUGGCGGUGUAUUGGAGCCAUGCGCUGCUCACUUUGAGCUGGGCGAUACUACUAGGCCUGGGGCUGCCACUGCUUCAUGCCAGCUUCCGACUACCCAACCUAAAGGCCAAAAUAGCCUCCGCGCGGGAGGAGUUUAGAGCAGUUUGGAUGCUGCGGGAGACUAAGAGCUCCUCCGCGGGCAAGAAGGAGCCCUCGAGAGGCAAGCAGGGUGUAAGGAAGGGGGACAAGGAGAUGGGAACCAGGUUGUUUCAGCCGCAAGCAGCAGGACCGCGGGAUGAGGUCACAACCCGGGACAGGACGUUCUCGGUCGGGGCCCGUCUUCCAUCCACCAAUUUGCCGGUAGCCUUUGCGAUGGCGAAAUCGCCGAGCACUCGCGCGAGAGCGUCGUCGUUGCGUUUUUUCACUUCAUCACUGUGGACGUUUAUGGCAGUUGCCAAGCUGUCCGUCAGGUGUGACGGUGUUGGCUCCGCUUGCGGCGCGUCAGGUGUCGACACGAAGAUGCGCGUCCCACGACAGCUGAAAUAA